CCCAGAUAUAUUUUGAGCAAAUGUUUCUACCUUCACUCUCCAGAUACUUAAUAAUUAACAGAGAUUAGGAAGAGGCUUCCUCAACGAUUUUCCAAAGGAUAAACAUUACAAAGCAUUGAAUGCAGCAUUUCACCAAGUGGGCCCUAGGAAGAACACAACUUCCUGCACCAGGGAAUGCUGCUACUCACCCGCCAUCCGAACCAAGUUCCUCAGGUUUCCUGUAGGUUUUAUCCUGUGAUGGGAAAGCUGCAAAGCAAACUCAAACACCGAACUUACAGAUACAGCAGGCCUGAUGGAAUUAUAGAAGACAGGAUUCAGACUAAAGCUUUUCAAGAGCAUUGUCCAGCUCACGUGGAUCCCGUCUCUGUGGUUGCUGCUCUGAACUCAGACCUUUGUGUCUCCGGAGGAAAAAAUAAGACAGUGGUGGCCUGUAACUGGAAGACUGGGAAUGUGGUGAAACGGUUCGAAGGACACGAAAGUGAAAUCACCAAGAUCGCCUGUGCUCCCAGAUCCGGCCAGUUCUUCAGCGCCUCCCGUGACAGGACCGUGGCGAUGUGGGACUUGCUGGGGUCCUCACAGCCCCGGCAGCGAUUCUCGGGCCACGGCCUGGUGGUCACCGGCUUGGCAGUGAGUCCCGACUCGUCACAGCUGUGUUCUGGCUCGAGGGACAACACCCUGCUUCUGUGGGACGUGGGGACCGGCCAGUGCGUGCAGAACGCGUCCAUCUCCAGGAACCUGGUCACUCACCUGUGCUGGGUCCCCGGAGAACCGUACAUACUCCAGACCUCGGAAGAUAAAACCCUCAGAUUAUGGGAUAGUCGAGGGCUACAGGUGUCCCAUACAUUUCCCACAAAGCAGCACAUUCAGACCUACUGUGAGGUCAGUGAGGAUGGACAGAAGUGUCUCUCCUGCAGCAGCGGCUUUGGGGGUGAAGGCUGUGAAGCAACGCUGUGGGACCUACGGCAGACACGGAACAGAGUAUGUGAAUAUAAGGGGCAUUUCCAGACCAUUGCGUCCUGCGUAUUUCUACCGAGAUCAUUGGCCUUGAUGCCUCUAGUUGCUACUUCAUCACAUGACUGCAAGGUGAAGAUUUGGAACCAAGACACUGGUGCCUGCCUUUUCACCUUGUCUCUGGAUGGCGCAGGACCUUUGACUUCGCUGGCUGUUGGUGACACCGUCUCCUUAUUGUGCGCAAGCUUCCACAGAGGGAUUCACCUGCUCAGAGUGGACCACAGCCGAAGCCUGGAACUGCAGCAUGUGGCAGCCUUCUGAGGCCCAGAGACAGCAGCAAACCACGGCCUCUCCCUUCGCAGUGCGACUGUGUGCUUUCCCAUGUUAUACUGCGGGAGGCUGACAUGGCAGUGGUCUUCUUGGCUUAGGUUCGCUUAGGGAGGUGUAUUGGUGUUAGAAGUCAACUGAAGCCCUGUGCUUCAAAAUCAGGAGUAAAGUUUAGAAGCACAGACAGAACAUAGGAUUUGCAAUUUGUUAAAUCCAAAGUGCAGUUUUCAGAAAAAGAAAAUGUUUACGGCUCAAAAUAAUGACUUGUAAGAGUAGUGAAGGUCUCUGUCAGAGAGUGAGAACCCAGGGCCUGAGUCUAUUGAACUGACCUUGUCCAUGUGCAGGGCAGGAGUGAGAGCUGUUUGUUCACCUCAAAAGUGUUGAGAUAAUUUCGAGAGACUAGUUCAGCUCCACAGAGGACAUAGACUUUAGACUUGAAAUUCACUGCCGUCACUGCGCCUUAGCAGUAGGAAGAAUCCUUGAGGGCCUGAAAGCCAGAGCCUUGGUUGGCUUCUACCCACAGGAGCAGCACAGAGGGGCUAGCAAAUCCCAGCCUGCGCCCUUCCUAGACCAGGGCUGGAACCUGCUAGACAGGAAGAAACAUUUCUCCAAUAACCCAGAUGGCCGCCCUCAGACCACAGGCCCAGCAGUGAGGAACUGGUAACAGCACAUGCUGGCUGAGCGAGCUUGUAUACUCUACCGAAAUGGAAUCACGCCGUACUGCAGUAGGUGGGAAUAAAGCCACCAGUCUCUACCAGCCACUUAAGUGGACCCUUUGCAAUAUGAUCUCUCAUCAAUUGGCAGGAGCUAGUUCCUGCCCCCUAGAGCCUGGGGGAGUCCCCAGAGUCUCUGGUUUUCAACUUGGCUUGACUGAUAGAAUGCAGGGGAGCUGAGCAACUUCUAAGGCCUUGUGGUUUCGCUUCGUCCCUCUUGGAAUGCUGCUCUGAGGUCUUGUCAGGGAGGUCACAUGGAGAGACCCAAGCACCAGGGUGAGCAGCCCCCGUGGACCUUCCAACCAGCCAAACCCGAAUACAGCUACAGAUGAAAUCAGAAGAGCAGCUACUCAGCCACACAAUCAUGAGAAAUAAUAAAUAGUUGCUGUCUUAAGAUUUAAGCUUUGGGGUGUUAAGCAAAGUUAAAUUAAUAGAUUUCAGUAAAGCUACAUUUUUGGUUAGGC